AUGGACCGAAACGGCGCAUCGGCGGCGGCGGACGUCCAGCGAGAGACAUUGGCCGCGGCCGCCGGACACACGGACAGUUAUGUCGAUUUGUCCGGACGCGCCGGAUGUGUGGUUGUCGAUGCUCGUGUCGAAUACGCGCGAUAUGUCACGCAUGUGACACUACAUACUGCAGUGCCGCUGCUGUUGUUAUCGUUAUCGUUGUUGUUGUUGUAUGAUGUGUCGCCGUCGUCGGUCUGUGUCUUUCUUAUGCCGGUAGUGUCACCUCGACGUCAGUGGCAGUGGUGGUGGUGGUGUUGUUCGUCGCUGUUCGUGGUGCCGGUACUGUUGACGCAGUGGCCGUCGUCGCUGGAUCGCGUCGUCCCGUUGCUGCUUGCAUACGCACUCAUGCCGCCCGAUCAUGUGGCCGUUGGUGGCCGAGGAGGUUCCCGUGUGCGUGAGACGAAAAAAGCGUUGCUCGGCCGGUCACGAUUGACGUCCGCACAGUUGCGUUCGCCGUUCGUCGCCUCCGCCGCGGGUUCUUCUGCUUGUGCCGUCGUCCCGAUCGUGGUCAAAGGGACAGUAUCCAAGAUUACCGAAAAGUUUCAGGCGCAACCGCCGCCAGCACCGCCUCCGCGCACCCUAACACGGAUACCCAAACCCUUGCGCACGCCCGAUCGCGGAGUGGUGGUCAAGCCAGUACCGCCACCGUUGCCUCCACUGCCGCCGCCUGUCGUCAAGUACGAGAUCAAGAGGCGACAGGAGAAACUGUUGGGCGAACUGCACCGCCGCCGCGGCCUCCCGGGAAAUCGGCCGACAACCGCAUCAUCGUUUUCCGGUCGACUUCCAGUCGGCGGAGGCGGGGACAGCGCAGUGUCUUCCGAUUGCGGCAGCAGUUCCGACUCGGAGAAAUCGGUUUGUUCCGGUGGACUGUCGAUCGACAAACCGGACGACAAGCCCGGCUCGCCUCACAGUUCGGGGUACGAGUCGGUCGAGGAGACGAUGACUAUAUCCGCGUCCGCGGCGGUACCCUACUCGUGGGUGUUCGGUGCCCCUGAACCUCACGACGGUUUCGAUGGACCGUCGCAACUGUUGUCCGUCACGACUCCGUUGGCGCCGCCGCCGUUGUCCACGUCGUCGUCGGCUUCGUCCGACGGCUGUUGCGAAGGCGACGAUGACGACGACGACGAAGACGAAGACGACAUUCUGACGGCACCGGAAGACCGACUCGAACGGUUGGUGACGUUCGCCUCGGCGAAGUCUUGUCCCGCUUUGACGCGCGCAAAGCCGGACCAAGACGACGACGAAGACGUGCCCGUGGUGGUCAUUCGCCGUCAUUUCGGAGGAGGAAAUGACGGACCGAAGCCGAUCGCUGCCAUGGCUGGAUACCUGUCACCAAUACCAGAGUGUUCGUCCACUGAACCGAACAGCGUGGAGACCGUUGAGGACUGUUGCGGUUACGACGACGACAAGAUAUUUUUCCGUGCCAAUGUCUUACAAACUCUCGAAACUCAGCGAGACGAAAAGUUAUCUGGCAUCUUUACUCAAUUACAAGCCCGUUGUCGUGGAUAUAUUGCUCGAAAAGACUACGCUAAACGAAAAGUAAACGACAUCGCUGUACGGUGUAUACAGCGAAAUGUUAAAAAGUUUAUGGUUGUAAGAGAUUGGCCAUGGUGGAGGCUGUUGGUCAGAAUUACACCUUUGCUUAACGUCCAUCGGACCGAAUACGAACUGAAACAAAAAUCUGACGAACUGGAGCAACUGAGGAAUAAAGUGGACAAGUUGGAGCAGGAACGGUCACAGUUGAAAAUGGACAACGACAGACUCGAACAGAGAUUGGCGGAAACAACUGGUGACUUAGCCGAGGAGCAUUCCACAGUAACUAUGGUGUCUGAGCGGUUACAGUUUGAAUCGGCUGAAAGACAACGUCUAGAAAAAGAGCUACUGGAGACACAGACCGUCAAGAACCGGCUGGCUGAAACUAAUGAACAAUUAGAAAUGCAGCUGCUGUGCAUGAGGUCCACUGAUCCUUCAUUAAUGUCAUCGUCGUCAUCUGUAGCCGGAACAAUGAGUGACGACGAUAGUGCUGUAGUGAAUAGCGAUAAGGGUGACCAGUAUUAUAGACGACGAUAUGAACGCGUUUGUCGUGAAUUAGAGUAUGCUAAGAAGCGAUUACAACAACAGCAUAAUGACGACAUGGAGCAACUAUUGGCCAUGAAAAAACAGCUUGAAAAAAAAUUGGCUGGUGUUUACGAAGACGUAGAAGAACAACGUCAAAUUGUUGCCCAGUGGAAACGAAAAGUUAAUAAGCUGAAUUCUGAAUCAAACGACCUCAAACUUAUGUUGGAAGAAAGCAACUCAAGAAAUAAUUUACUCGAAAAGAAACAAAAGAAAUUCGAUACAGAGUUGCAUUCAUUACAAGAGGAAUUAAAAAAAGAAAAAGCUCAAAGAGAAAAAAUUACCAGAGAAAAAGACAUGGCCAUGUCGGAUAAAUUUUCAAUGGAGCAAACUUUAAGUAGUGUCAAGUUGGAGUUGGAGCUUAAGGAACAGAAAGUCGUCGGCUUGAAUCGCGAACUACAGGAGUUGACGUUUAGCGGCAACACCGAGGAAGAAGUCGCAGCACUCAAGCGAUCCAAACACCAGCUAGAGAGUAAACUCAAAGACCAAGAAGAAGAACUUGACGAUCUAGCUGGCCAGGUGCAGUUACUGGAACAGGUGAAAACUCGUCUGGAGAUGGGACUCGAACAGGAAAGGAAGGAACAUCGAAGAGAGUUGGCUCAACGCGAACAAGAGAACGAGGAGACUCGGUGUUCGGCUGCCAAAAAGAUCAAGGCGCUGGAAUGUGAGAUCGAAAACGAGCACGAAGAGAGGACGGCGCUGAUCCGGGAGCGUCAUGACCUAGAGAGACGGCUGGUCGACUCCGAGGACAGGGAACGAUGUCGGAGCAUGAACGACCAGGAAUCGAUUGCCCGUCUCCGUCGGGACAUGAAGAAGCUCAAGGCGUUGCUUAGGGACGCACAAACGGUGCAAGAACAACGGAGUGACAGCCAAGCGAACCGCAUAGCUAUGCGGCAGUUGAGAAAUCAGCUGGAGGACGCGGAGAGCGCCAGGGACUCGGCACUCAAGGCCCGGUCUCUAGCUGAAACUGAUCUGGCAGAGGUGACUGCUUCGUUGGACGAAGCGCAAGCGGCCAAACGUGCGGCCGAGGAGCGCGCUGCCGGUCUGGCUCGAGACAAGAACCACCUACAGGGCCAGCUGGAUGAGAACGAAGAGGAGCUGGCCGAGGUACUGAAGAAGUACCGGGGUACCGUGCAACAGCUGAGUGCCGAGCAGACGGUGCAACAGGAACAGGCAAGUCGCAUCGCCGAGCUGGACACGGACCGGGCCAACUUGCAGGAGCGGCUGGCUGAGCUGACGUUCCGGUUAGACAACAUGGAGACGCACGGUGACCCGGCCGGAUCGCUGAACCUGAAGCGGCUGCAGCUCCGGGUCACCGAGCUCGAGUCCAAGUUGCAGCUGGAGCUGACCACCCGGACCCGACUGGAGGUGCAGAUAGCCCGGCUGAAGGAGACCGUCGACCGGUUGGAGUCCGAACGAGAGACGGCUCAGUGCAAAGAGAACGCCGCACAGGAGACGGUGCGCAAAAUGCAGCGGUCGUUGCGGGAGGCCCGGGAGUCGAUGGCCGAGAAGGAGUCCCGGGAGUCAGCGGACGUGAACCGCAAACGGGCGCUGGAAAAGCGAGCCGAACAGGCAGAGGCUGAGGUGAGCACCGUCAAAUCUGAUCUGGCGCUGGCGCUGCAGCGCAUCGACGACCUACAGGCCGCCAUGACUGGUGAUCUGGAUGACGAUGACGAUGAGUUCCGGUCGAGCAGCGAUGAUGACGACGACGACGGUGGGGACGGCGAUAGCGACGAUUCGGUAACCACGUUCUUAGCCAACCAGGGCGCGAGGAACACCACGAUCCUACAGCAGCAAAAAAACGUGGAUCCAAAUAAUUGA